CACCACUUUGGCCCAUCCUUCCCUCACAAUUUUCUUUUCUUUCUUUGUGGGAGUUUUUUCUUCUUAAAGAAUAUAUUCUCCACUUUUCAAAUCCUUGGCUACCAUUCCUUUCCAAAGCUCCAAGCGACACCACAGCUAAAGAAUUUCCAUUUCAAUUCAAACUUUUAUCUCUCUCUCUCUCUCUCUCUCUCUCUCUCUCCCUCUUAUUCUUUUCCAACCGCAUGCAAGAUUUUGCAACCGUAGAAGAAAAAUCAAAGUGGCUCUUCUUUAUUAUUCUUUGCUUUUCCUUUGCUUUAUCCCCUGGUUGUUUCAGUCUGAAGAAGCUUAAGUUUUGGAUCAAAGAACCAACUCAGAUAUGGAACCCGCAGUCCUCGACGGUAUAAUUAACAGGCUGCUUGAAGUUAGAGGGAGACCCGGGAAGCAGGUGCAGCUUUCUGAGGCAGAGAUCAGGCAGCUUUGUGCUAUCUCUAAGAAUAUCUUCUUGAGGCAGCCUAAUCUCCUGGAGCUCGAAGCACCCAUCAAGAUCUGCGGAGAUAUUCAUGGUCAAUAUUCUGAUCUUCUGAGGCUUUUUGAAUACGGUGGACUUCCUCCUCGUUCCAAUUACUUAUUCUUGGGGGAUUAUGUAGACCGUGGAAAGCAAAGUUUGGAAACAAUAUGCCUUCUCCUUGCUUAUAAAAUUAAAUAUCCGGAAAACUUUUUCCUCUUGAGGGGCAACCAUGAAUGUGCUUCUGUAAACCGUAUCUAUGGAUUUUAUGACGAGUGUAAACGAAGAUUUAAUGUCAGAGUCUGGAAAAUAUUCACAGAUUGUUUCAACUGCUUACCUGUGGCAGCGCUCAUUGAUGAAAAGAUAUUCUGCAUGCAUGGGGGACUUUCUCCUGACUUGCACAAUUUGGAUGAGAUAAGGAAUAUACAGCGGCCUUGUGAUGUUCCAGACACUGGUUUGCUAUGUGAUCUCCUCUGGUCUGAUCCUAGUAAAGAUAUUCGAGGUUGGGGGAUCAAUGAGAGGGGUGUUUCCUAUACCUUUGGCGCUGAUAGAGUGGCAGAAUUUAUUCAGAAGCAUGACAUUGACUUAAUUUGUCGAGCUCACCAGGUUGUGGAAGAUGGAUAUGAGUUCUUUGCUAAUAGACAACUUGUAACCAUAUUUUCUGCACCAAAUUAUUGUGGAGAGUUUGACAAUGCUGGUGCCAUGAUGACUAUAGAUGAGACUUUAAUGUGUUCUUUCCAAAUAUUAAAGCCUUCUGAUAAGAAGCCAAAGUUUAGCUUCGGGAGCACAGCUACAGUUAAGUCUGGUGGUGCUGCAACAAAAAUAAAGUCGUUUCUCGGUGGCAAGGUAUGAGAAAUUCAAUCUAGCCCAAUAACCGAAGGUGAAAGCUGACUUAAUCUGCAGCCCUUUUCAUCUCAUUUAAUCCCUACUGUUCUCAUCUAACACUCUACUGUGUAGAAUACUAGUUGGAGCAGCGACGACAUAGGUCUUUCCCUGCCUUUUUCUCCUUGUAUUAUAGUCACAGCUUGAAAAUUCCAAGGGAGCGUCUACCCUUAAGAAUUGAAUAGCCCCGUGCUUAUAAACUUAGCUAUUGAAUGAGUAUUGUAAAUUCUCUUCAA